AACAGCCUGGCAUCUAGGGGCGCGUCUAGAUUUCUAGGCUACCUGGCAUCCUCAUGAAUUGGGAAUUUGAGUUAUUCGGCCAAUUACAAUAUAACGGACGAAGUCGGACUGUAUAGCUAUCCAAUCUAUGCCAACUGCGGAUAUUCAAAGCUUGGAGUAUCAGAAAUGCUUGGCCAGAGAGGGUUUCGUAUAUUUCAUAUGUAAGAGGAGUGGUCAUCAUUCGGCACGGCACGACUGACUUUUACGCGCCGCUGACCAAAGAUGCUGUCGGGAUUGGAGCCAACGAACUGUACUGUGUGUUGCUGCACGCUUGCCAACAAAAUACUGAUGGUGGUGUUCAUGAUCUUAUUGAUCUUUGCGAUACUGUUUGGAAACUCCGUAACGUUGGCUGUGGUUUUUGGAACCAAACAUUUCCACACUCCUCAGGGUUACCUCAAAGCAUCACUGGCCACGGCUGACCUAGCGGUCGGCGUUUUCGUGGUGCCUCUCUCCGUUUACGCAGAAGUUUCUCUUUUGAUAAACGGAUCCACACCAGAAUGGACAAUGCGCAAUUCACAAGACCUUAGUUUACACCCAUGCAUUUUUAUCGGACCCAUGUUUGCAGGUUGCACAUUGGUUUCAAUCACUACUAUUUUCCUUCUUACUAUUGAACGGAGUAUCGCGGUUGUGAAGCCGCUGCACAAGGAGUCUGUGAUUACAAAGAAGAGAACAAGCGUCCUAAUAGUCCUUUCGUGGCUAGGGAGUUUUCUUUUGGCUGUAACUCCAAUUAUAUUUAGCAAAGACAUAUCACUGGAAUAUAACCCUUGCAGCAGGAUGUGCAAUUACGCAGUGGGAGGAAAUGGUUUUCCCUCUCAUGCGUGGAACAUUCUUUUACUUUUUCCAGUAUUUGACUUCACUCUUCUUGGGGGAACUAUGGUGAUAAAUAUCAUAUCCUUCUCUACCAUCCGCCAGCAUUCGAAGAGAAGGAAACAUCUAGCGGAGGCUGAUAGCCAGAGCAUCACCAAACCCACGUUUUCCGACAUAAAGGCUGCAAGAACCAUUGGAACUUUGACCUUAGCCUUCACGGCGUCUUUCACUCCCAUCGCUGUGUUUGUUGUCGGGAAUGUCAUAGGCAAUGAGUGGUGCAAUUUCUCUUUUUUUGCUUUCUGGAUACUAGCCACAAACAGUUGCUGGAACGUUAUAAUAUACAGCGUCAGAGACCAGAAGUUUAGACAUCGUGCGCAUCAGCUUCUGGCAUUGCCGCGUGGAAAGAAUGAUAACACCUAACAUGCAUGUAUAAGUUAUAUAUACUCUUUUGAUCCCGUGAGGGAAAUUUGGUCUCUGUAUUUAUCCCAAUCCGUGAAUUAGUGAAA